CUCAGUGCUCAAAGAUGGCGUUGCUACUAAGGACGUUGGGCCGACAGGGCCUGUGUUUCAGCAGACCCCAGCAUGGUGUGCUCUUCAGACAUGCUGCUCCAAUGGGGACCACAGCAAAGGAGGAGAUGAACAAGUUUUGGGCCAAAAACAACAGAUUAAACCGGCCUAUGUCUCCCCAUCUUACCAUCUACCAGUGGUCUGUCCCCAUGAUGAUGUCCAUCACACACAGAGGAACGGGAGUGGGGCUGAGUGGAGCUAUCUCAGCCUUUGCUCUGGCAGCACUGGUAUUACCAGGGAGCUACCCUCACUACCUGGACCUAAUCCACUCCCUUUCUGUUGGCCCCUACCUCAUUAGCCUGGCCAAGUUCGGCAUUGCUUUCCCUGUAUCUUACCACACCUACAACGGCAUCCGCCAUCUGUGUUGGGAUUUUGGCAAGGGCUUCAAAAUCCCAGAGGUUUAUCGCACCGGCUACACAGUCAUCGCUCUGUCCAUCAUCACCUCCAUAGCUGUCUGUCUUAUCUAAACAAAGAUGGAGAGAGAGAGAUAGAGAGAGAGAGAGACCACCAGAAGAAGUGGAGUUGGGAAAGGAGAGACGGGUCGAGGGGAAUAUGGAUUGGAAGGACCGUCGAAGCUUUGUGUAUAUUUUCUGUCUGGCCUACAUGGCUCCAAAACAAUACAUAAAAAAUAAAUAUGAUUAUAUUGCACGCA